AUUUGGAUUCUAUCCCUUGUGGAAGUCAUCACCAUGAACCCUGAGAUUCAUCACUCCAAAGUGAUCUCACAUGUCUUUUUCGCCGGCUCUGCCAAGCAAGGCACUCCUGGGCCACCCAUUGGUCUUGUAGACAUUGGUGAGAGCGACAUUGCCUACCUCUUCAGAGUCUCUCUCCCUGGCAUUCACAAAAAUCUAAAUAAGAUCAAAUGCGAGAUUCAGAGGGAGGGGAGAGUAUGCAUACAAGGAGUAGUACCUGAGAUUGCGAUUCCGAGUGACUCGGGAUGCUUGUACAGGAUGCAAGUGCAGCAGCUCUGCCCACCAGGUCCCUUCUCCAUCACGUUUAGCCUUCCGGGACAAGUGGAUCCUCGCUUGUUUUCUCCCAAGUUUAGACCUGAUGGGAUCUUUGAAGUUGUUGUCGUCAAGCUCGGUCUACGCGUCCCUGCUUCAUAGUUUGUUCGGUCUUGAUUCAUUAACUAGGAUAUGUUGUUCAAUGUGCUAUUAAAACAUUUUCACAAUGAUCGCAUUUGUUAAGUUGCUCUUAGGCUGAAAAUGUGGUUAGAUGUGAAGAUGGUACGUACUUAAGAGUCUCCGUUUCAGAUCGUAUGAUCCGAUCCGUAUGCCAUCCGAAUUACGCAGUUAAUUGUGUAAAAAGCAAUAAAAGCUAUAUAAUAUAUUAAU